UCGAAGAUGUUGUUUGGAAUGGCGUUUAAUUUUCGUUGUCUGCGAUAAUGAGUUACAGUCACGCUGUCUUGGUUUACAGAGUCACGAAUCGAUUCUGUAAACAGAUCUGUAUGUAAUAUAUUUUGUUCAGCUACAUAAAGAAGGAACUUCUCGUUUAAGUAACUAUUUGUUUGUUUUCCCUUGCUGGUUGUUUGGCUGAUUAACGUAUAUCAGCGGGCGAGCGACACUAUAUUCGUUAAGUUUUCGGGUUUUUUUUAGCUGUAUAUAUCGGCCGUUAACAUGCAGGACAGCGGCGAGAAAGCUGUCAGUUUGAAAACUAGCAGCGCGGUCUCUACUGCCCUUGCCAUUGCGAAGCCUCUAGAAGAGAAGAAGAAAUUAAACAGAAAGAUCUUGGACGAGGAAGAAUACAUAGAGAGUUUGGAGAAGAUCAUCCAGCGAGAUUUUUUCCCAGAUGUUACCAAGCUGCAGGCGCAGAGGGAGUACCUGGAGGCGGAAGAAAACGGAGAUCUAGAGCGAAUGAGAGAAAUAGCCAUUAAAUACGGGUCAACGGUGACCAGAUCUACGCCUCGUGCCUCCGUACCUUAUGUGACUCCCGCUUCGUUUGAGACACCAGAGGGAAGACCAGCAUCCCCUUCAUCUACAGUCAGCGGAUUUAGAGCUGGAAUCAAAACAUCUGAGGAUGGGGCUAAAGACUCAGAGACCAAGGAAGAGAAGGAGCUUCCGUCUCUCGACCGUUUUCUGGCAAAGAACACGAGUGAGGACAACGCGUCCUUCGAGCAGAUCAUGGAUCUGGCGAAAGACAAGGAAAAGCUGAAGCACGCUUGGCUGUACGAAGCAGAGGAGGAAUUCAAACAGCGGCACGAGGAGAAUCUCGCUCUGCCGUCGUCGGAGAAGCAGGCACUUGAAUGUGUGAAGGCCGGUGUGGAGACCUGGGAAUACAAGGCUAAAAAUGCCCUGAUGUACUACCCUGAGGGAGUGAAAGACGACACUGUCUUCAAGAAGCCGCAAGAGGUGGCGCAUAGGAACACACGGUUUUGUGGAGACCCUUUCAGUAAAGCUCUGAACAAAAGCCAGAUUCAGCAAGCUGCUGCUCUCAACGCACAGUUUAAACAGGGAAAAGUUGGACCAGACGGCAAAGAGCUGAUCCCAAACGAGUCUCCUAAAGUUAACGGAUACGGCUUUGAGGCAGCCCCGUCCCCGGCACCAGGUGUGGCAGAGUCUCCCCUGAUGACCUGGGGAGAGAUCGAGAGCACGCCGUUUCGUCUGGAUGGCUCUGAGACGCCUUACGUAGAGAGGAGUCAUGGCCCCUCCUUCAAGAUCCCAGAGCCAGGGAGGAGGGAGAGGCUGGGCUUAAAAAUGGCCAACGAAGCAGCUGCCAAAAACAGAGCGAAGAAACAAGAGGCUUUACGCAAAGUCACUGAAAACCUUGCAAGUCUCACUCCCAAAGGCCUGAGUCCUGCAUUGUCUCCUGCCCUUCAGAGACUUGUCAACAGAUCAUCCAGCAAGUACACAGACAAGGCCCUCAGGGCCAGCUACACCCCGUCACCCUCACACAGAAACAUGGGCUCCAAGACGCCACUGGGAGGCCCGGACACGCCCAUGGGCGCUCCAACGCCGGGGAAAGCCAGGACCCCGGCCUCUCAGGACCCCGCCUCCAUCACGGACGAUCUCCUACAGCUCCCCAAGAGGAGAAAAGCUUCGGACUACUUCUGAUACAGCUCAGUCUGCUGGGCACGGGACUGACGGGACCAGCUGUCUGCUUAAACCUGCAGUUACUUCUAACCAAGGCGAAAACAAAAGAGACUGAAUGGGUCCUGAGGUUUUCCUCAUCAACCUGCCCCUUGGAAAGGCUGUCAAAACAGCAAGACUAUACACCAGGCACAGUGCAGACUCAGCCAGGAGACGUGUGGUCAUCUGUGUCCAGAACCCGCAGUGAUGGCAGGGGAAAAAAAAAACUGGGUACAUCUUUAGGUUGCCGUAGCAAUGACUGUGUAGAUGGACCAGUCAUUCUUUCAUUAGGUGUUCAGUAUUAUGUGACUGUAAUUUUACAGCCGUUGGUCAACAUUAAAAAAAAUCUGUAC